AUGGAGUUAUUAAGAUAUCAAUUGUUGAAAAAUUAUCUUCAAGAACAUAUAUUACUAAGAAAUUUAACUCCACAGAAACGACGAAUUUUACCUAUAAAAAGAAAUGAUACUGUUAAACGAAUUGAAAAAGCACAAGAGAGUGCUAAAAGAAGACACGAUAAUGAUUUAUCUACUAUAGAAGAAUUAAAGAAAGGAGACUUUGUAUUAGUAUACAAAGCUUCUCAACAGCAUUCGAAGAGUCACAAACUUCAUCCGAAAUGGAAGGGUCCUUUCGUCGUUCAGGUGUUAGAGAAAGGCGUGUUUAAACUUCGAUCUAUCGAUGGAAAA